AUGGCAAAAUUGCACGUCCUGUUCCCAAUAGCUUUGUACAUCACCUUGCUACUGCAUGCGGUAUGUGCUCAAACAGAUCCUGGUGCUGCUCCAGCGGAUGCUCCUGCUGGGGGCGGCACCUUACCCGUGGGUAGGAAAGGGGUACCUGGUGGGAGUGCUGGUGCACCUUCCCCGGGUGGUGAUGAUGAGCCUCUGGGAGGUCCUGCUGGUGCACCUUCCCCGAGCAGCGACGAUGAUGGUCUUGGUAGUAGUAAACUUACCCUUCCUCCUGGAGCAUUUAACCUUCCAGCUGGAUUUCCCAUGCCGUCACUGGGAUCGCCUGUGGGAAGUGAUGGACUUCCCUUAGCGCCUUUGGCAAGUGCCGGACUUGUCUUACCGCCUAUGGGAAGCGUUGCUAAAGAGCUUGAAAAAGGAAUGAAAGGACUUGGUCUUAGCGACCUUGGCACUGCAUUUGAAAAUAGUUUGAAAGGUGGUGGUUUAGCCUCUAGUCCUGCUAGCAGCCCCUCAAGCCCUUCAACUGAUAGUUCUCUAGCUAGUAGCCCCUCAAGCUCUUCAAGUGUUAGUUCCCUAGCUAGCAGCCCUUCAAGUAGUAGUGGCUCAAGCUCAAGCUCAAGCUCUUCUGGUGAUAGCUCCUCAGGUGGGGGAGUCUCUAGUAGCGGCGGUAGCUCAAGCUCUUCAAGUGUCAGUUCUUCAGCUAGCAGUUCGUCAGAUGUCGCAACUCCUUCACCAGCUCCAUCACCCUCCGUGCUAUCAGCCUCUAAUCUUAUUCCAGCGAUAUAA